AUGGCAUGUAGGCUCAGUGGCGCACGUUCCAAAGGGUCCAUUAGCGGAGCUUCAAACUUACCUAGUAGUGAUCUACAGGCGGGUCUGAUAUACAAGUACGGGCUCCAAUUGAGUGACUCGACUGUCCAUUACUCCCCAUACUAUCCGAGUGUUCAGGAGCGUCCGCAAUAUGUGAUAUCCAGCCCUCCUCCAGGCAGACGGAUUCCGCCAACAUAUAUAAAGGCGACCCCUGACAUGCCAUGCUGGCCUUCGGAUUCUGCGUGGGCUUCACUCAACAAGACUGUCUCGGGUCGUCUGAUAAAGACAGUUCCCGUGGCGUCGGUAUGCUAUCCCGCAGAACCGGCUUACAACCCGGAAACUUGCCAAUCUGUUCUCUCCAACUGGACUACCUGGCCUUUCCAUUCGGCGGAUCCGGCCAGCGUCGGCGACCCCUCCUUGGACAAUUCCUGCAGCCCCAUCUAUGCCAAUGGAACCAGCGUCUCGGGGAAUUCGAAUGCGGGAAAGCAAGGCUGCAGUCUGGGGGCUUACCCUCCAUACAUCAUCAAUGCAACCAGUGCGGAAGACGUGCAGGCCGGGGUACGGUUCGCCAAAAAGUGGAAUCUUCGAAUGAACAUCAAGAACACCGGGCACAACGGUAGAAGAAGGAUUUGGACCCAUCAUAUGAAGGACAUACAGUACCACGAAACGUUCACGCCGCAGUCUUGUCCGAGCAACAUGACGCACAUGGCAGCUACGCUGGGGGCUGGUGUGCAAGACGGUGAAUUGUACGCAGCAAUGGCCGAGCACGACGCCAUGUCUGUUGGUGGGGAAAACAAUGCUAAGUCUUUGCAGGAUGUUGGAGUCGUCGGCUGGGCUACUGGUGGAGGUCACGGCCUAGCGACCGGUGUGUACGGAAUGGGUGCCGAUAACGUUAUCGAAGCUGUCAUCGUCACGGCAAAUGGUGAUAUUCUGACUGCCAAUGCUUGUCAGAAUGAGGAUAUUUUCUGGGCUAUUCGUGGUGGCGGCGGAGGCACCUUCGGCGUCAUCACCAGUCUGACUGUCAAUGCGUACAAGAUGCCCUCGUUUGCAAUGACCGGGUUAGACAUCUUGGCCAAGAACGGCACUUCCUCCAAAGAUUGGUACAGACUACUUGCACGGCUGCAUGGUGAUUUCCCCCGGUUGCAAAACGCAGGCCUGCACGGCUAUUAUACCAUGGGCGGUGCUCCGAUGGCAUUCAGUCUUUCAUUGUUCGAGUACAACACCCCGAACGUUACGUCCGAAGCAAUUCUAAAGCCUCUUCUGGAGAUACUCAAGACUGCGAACGCGACCGCUACAUUCAAAAUGAGCAGGAUGUGGAAGCCAUCGUGGUAUGACUUCGUAAAAACCGUGCCAUUGUUCGGAAGCACGGGGAAAAUGCACGACACGAGGACAAGCCGAUUCAUUCCAGAGCGAGCGGUGCACGAUGCUGAGUUGCUAGCGAGGGCACUUGAGGCCAUCGCAGCCCCAAGCUCAGACUUACCAGGGGUCACUAAUCCAUCCAUCUCUGGUACCUUGACUGGUAGCAAAAAGCCAGUUGACAAUGGCUUGAACCCAGCUUGGAGGGAGGCAAUCGUCCAUGUCAUCACAGGUCAAAGCUGGGACGACACUCUGCCUGAUGAUCUGGCAGCGAAGGCGGUUUAUGAUAUGACUUACAAGAGGGGAUAUGCUUUGCGGCAGCUGGCGCCCGACACAGGUGCUUAUUUCAAUGAAGUAAGCCCGUUCCGUAACCUUUAG